UUAACCGAACUGGUUUCCAAAGGUAAGGAAGACAGAGAUGAUGAGUGGUAGACUGAGGAGUGUGGCGGCGCAAUGGAAGAGCAUAGCAAGGGAAGCAGUGGAUCGAACGCUGUUAGUUGCUAAAUUUCUCUGUUUCCUGCAUGUCACCAACACGUACGUCUGCACUCCUUGUCUCGUGCACGGCCCUAGUAUGCUUCCCACUUUGAACCUCACGGGCGAUGUGAUUUUGGUGGAACGAAUAUCGACCUGUUUAGAAAAGGUGGCUCCUGGAGACAUUGUCCUCGUCCGCUCGCCUGAAAACCCUAGAAAGCUUGUUACAAAGCGGGUCUUGGGCAUGGAAGGCGACCGUGUCACCUUCGUCGUCGACCCCAAGAUCAGCGAUAGAUACGAGAGCGUCAAUGUGCCUAAGGGGCAUGUUUGGGUUCAGGGAGAUAACAUAUAUGCCUCGCAUGAUUCACGGCAAUUUGGGCCUGUUCCUUACGGUCUGCUCCUAGGCAAAGCGUUUUACAGGAUAUGGCCACCUGAUGGUUUUGGAUCAUUAGGACGAGGAGAGUAGCAGUUAUGAUACCUUGAAGGACCAAAUAUGCCACCAGACUGCAUUUGGCCGAAACAGAAGUUUAAUCCGCAGGAAGAUAUCCUCUUUUACUUAUUUUCAGACCCCAGCAGGCAGAAGAAACAAGAGGAAGCUUUGUUUCGAGUGUACAAGAGUGGUGUUUGCAAUGAAAUUUUUGGGAUUUCUCUUUGUUAGUACCUUUGCUGAAAUUGAGUCAAUACUCCAGUUGUUGCAGAUUUUCCAUGGUUCAAUUUCAUAUACAAUUCAAUUCUUAAAGCUAAGACCCCCAGAAUCCCCCAGACGGUUAUACUUCGCUUUGAUGUUGUAAGUAUAAUUUUGCAAUAUUUGAAGUUUCUUCUCUCCUAUUUUGUCAUUUUGUUGCUACAGAAUUUUUGUACUUUGGCGUAAAAUUGUUGAAACAAUACUCAUAUGAAUAAAUUGCUUUUGUUGAAUAUGAUUUGAAAGGUUACUUGGC